GAAGAACAAGUGAAAAUGGUGCCUCAGAGUUUGUUCAGUUCAUGAAAACCAUGCCCUGGAAUAGUCCACUAUAGUAAACGUUUCUAUCAUGGGUGAAACUAUGCAAGCAAAGAAUAGUUCUCUAGGAUUUAUACCACAGAAAGAGAUCGCCUACAAUCAUCUGCUUCCUUACAAAGACCAACUUGAUCARGAGUCCAACAAAUUUCUGGCGGAAAUUAAAUACAAUCUAAGUCGAGCUGUUGUUUUUAAGGAAUCAAAUCCUGGAAUACUGUACUGGAGUAAUCAACUUUCUGGGUAUAUCAAGACGUAUGGCAGAAAGUUUUCCAAAGAAGAUCACCUUCAUUUUAUAAAGUUGUUUUAUGAACUGAUUACAACUCCACAACUGGAUCCACAGUACAUAAAUGGUUAUGGUCAUGUACUCAUUCGAUUGUUAAAGAAAAGGAAGUUAAUUUCUAGGGAUGAACUAACCCUUCCAUGGAAGCCAUUAUACAAUGCAGUUGAGUUUAUGUUUUACUCCAAGUUUGACUCUGUUGGGCUUAAGAAACAUACAGAAUACAAAUAUCAAGAAGUAUUGAAGUUAGUUGUCAUGUUCUCAAGAGUGUAUUUUAGUGUAGAAUCGACUCAAGAGAUGCUUGAUGAAUGGAGACCRUUGAUGUGUCCCUAUGAUAUCACAUUUGGAAAAGCAAUUUUCUACUUGUCUUUGUUUCUCCCAACAACUUUACCUCCUCAUCAAGCUAAUCAGGGAUUUAGGCUGUGGUUUGAUGAGAUAUUAGGUAUUUGGAAAACAUUUCAAAACCCAGGAAGAAUGUGGGAAGAGGAUUGUCUAAAGCUGCUUUCUCGGCUUGCAAGGGAUAAUAUUGGAUAUAUUGAUUGGAAUCCUCACAUCCCUAUGGUUUUUACAAGAUUACUGAAAACAUUCAGCUUACCGAUAGGCAGUGGGGGAUCUGUGUCCUAUCCUUGUAAAGAUUACAAAUCUAUUCUUCGUUCUUAUGUUAUAUGGAUUGUUAGUAGUUUGGGAGGAGACAGUGUCGCUCAAGAGCACUUGUCAAAAAUGUUCAUAUCACUAGAAUCAUUUUAUCAUCCUUCAAAUGUUGGUAGAUAUUCAGGAAAAUUGCAAAAAUUACUGCUUAAAUUGUCAAGCGAAGUUAUUAAAAGACUUUGCCGGGAAAAGUUUUCAGACUCUUCAUGGCAAGCAAAAACACCRGAUGACAAGAAGCUUACUGACAAUGAUAUCAGUCAGUUUGUGGAAAGCUUGAAACCAGCUGUCAUGUUGGCCAUUUUUAACAAGUUUGGUAGUUUUGAUGCUGCUAAUUCACUGCAACAUCUUGCAAUGAUGAAGCCUGACUUGGUCCUGCCAACUCUCUUGGACAAGCUGUAUACAGCAUUAGACACAUUGAUUGAACCACACCAGCUUACUGCUACCUUAAACUGUGUUACAUCAGUGGCAAGAGCUUUAGUCAAGUCUGAUGGUUCUUAUCCUGAAGGCAAAUCUCAUGUCUUACCUCUUCUCCAGCUGAUAUUACCAGGAAUUGAUCCUAAUGACUUUAGGAAGGCAGUGGCAACCUUCACCUUUAUCUCAACAAUUAUUUCUCUUGUACCAGUGGUUGAUUGCUCUGGAGCUGUUGGUGUAGUAGAUAUGACAGAUGAAGAAAAAGAAUUGUGUUUGGCCACAAGUCAGUUUGAAGACUUUGUUCUUCAGUUUAUGGAUCGAUGCUUUUCCUUAAUAGAAAGCUCGUCAUUUGAAAAUGUCUCAGAAUUAGACAGUUCCUUGUUCAAAUCAGAUCAGAGGCAUAGUCAAGAGGGUAUUGUUGGUAUGGGUGUUGCAUCAACAUUUCAUGCCAUUCUUAUGCAAAGCUCACCACAGAUCUAUAAGGUUGCUUUAGACAAGCUUUUUAACUUUUGUUCAACAAAUGUUUUGGAGAUGAAAGUUGCUGGAAAGAUUGCUGCUGAUAUGUGUAGAGCUGCUUCUAAGACUGAUGCAAAGGCAACCUUAAAGAAGUUUCUGCCACAUUGCUGCUCCAUCAUUGAAGGAAUCACUUCAGUGGAAGGAAUGAAGCAUGAAGAAGAAACAGAUGAACAGUUACUAUGGAAUCUCCAAAUAUUGAGUGAGGUGGUCCGUACAAAUGGUUAUGAACUGCUUCCUUAUAAAGAUGAGAUUAUUAAAGUGAUUAAAGUAACAAUUCAUCUUAAAAACAAAGAAGCAGCAACUCUUUCAGCCAAGCUUGUAGAGAACCUUCUACGCCCUUUGUCUUACAUCUACCCACUUGAAUGGAAAAGUAUAAUUGCAGACUUUGGGAAAUCUCCUGAGGAUUUCCUUUUAAUCAGGGAUUGGGGUAAACCAGGUGAUCUUUAUAAUCUGAACAUUCAAUGGCACAUUCCAUCAAAGCAAGAGACUAMCUUUGCUAAAGAAAUACUUGACAAUUUCUUGCAACCUGAGAUGAAGCGAGUAGAUAACUUUAUAAGUGGAUCUGAGACUUUGACAAGAGAGGAGCUUCAACAAAGUUUGAGAGUUAUACAAAGCUGUCUCUCUGGAGGAGUUUUGCUGUUGCCAACGUGGGACAAGCCUCCUCUACCAAACRUAGGRACAAAGACCAUGGUUAACCGUGGAAGGUUUCACCACACAAUAUCAGUGGACACUAAAGAUGUUGAUAUGGGWGACAAUUCAAGAGAAAAGAUUGCAGAAUUGAUGCACAAGCUUGUUGAACAUCUAUUGCGCCAUCGUGAGGAUGACACAAGAGCACUUCAAUUUAUAGUCAAGAUUUAUGAGUCUCUGUUGCUUCAUUUGAUUGGUCAACGAGAUGAGUUUGAUGUAAGAUGGCGAGGUGCCGGAGCAGUAAAGAGGGCAAUGGAGGAUAAGCUUGCAGGAAAGAAGAAACAUGURCGUGCUUUGCUUAUUGAGAGAGUUCAACUUCAGCAUGAGAUGCGCAUUCUGGACAAUGUUUCAUCUCAGAUGACAACUCUUCAUAAAGUGUUAUUGGAUGAUCUCUUCACCUUAGCAACAAGCGAAUACACAGAGGUCCGCAUCAAAGCUCAGAAGGUGAUGGGCAUAUGUAUUGAGGUGUUUGACUAUUAUGCAAGAUCAAUAUUUCCCUCCAUUCUAGCAAAUCUGAAAGAAGAUGAUGACGUCUCACAUGAAGCUUUUAAGGGUGUUCUGCACAUUUUGCUCAAUGGCCGUAUGUUUUACUUGGUAAAUCAUUAUUGGGAGAUCAUGAAAGAUGUAUGGCCUGCAAUCAUCCAGGCAAAUCAUUCAGAAAAACCAACUAUCACAACUCUGAUAAGUGCACUGGGUGAUAAGAUGAUCAAGAAACAUGACACUGUGGCAAUUAUACGACAGGUCCCAGACAGUGCUAUUCAAUAUGCAAUGGCGAUAAUGGAUUCUAGCAAUCCAGUUCCCAAGACACUCAAAGGUGAUCCUGAUAGACCAGUGAAACCAACUGAAAAUGAACUUCAAAAAGCUGCAGAAAUGUACAAUGAACGUAAUGACAACAACUUAAGAAAUUACAAUGAGCUUAUAAUAAAGCUAACAUCACUCCUGGAAAAAGAUAAUUUACGUUGGCGUUAUCUUCAGUUGUGUUUUAAUUUCUUACGAACUUUGAUUCGUUACGACCAGCCAAUGCCUCAAAGAACUGUCGCGCUAUUUACUGACUAUCUAAAUCAUGAUGCUCUGGCUAUCAGGAAGAUGGCUAUCUCGGCUGUUGGUUCUGUCUUAAAGCAGCAGAAAAGAUCUCAUGUGAAAAUCGCUGUCAACCCUUAUGCUGUUGCUGAAGUACCAGAACCAACAGAAAGCUUGAUUCAACCUGGAGAUCGUCCUGACAAUCUCUGGCUUCAUUUUGUUUCUGAUCGUUUACCAAAAACACAAGAGGACUGGGAUCGAURUACAUUCAUUGAUAAGACCCACUGGGGAUACUACACCUGGCCAAAGAAGCUAAUGACAUAUGCACCAGCUGACCAGCAACCAGCUUUAGGAAGAACACGAGAACAGCUUUCAGAGGGGGAACGAGAGAUAUUCGACCGGUUUUCACAAGAAGAGUUUGUGGAGAAAUUCAUUGAAUUUUUAUCACUUGAAGAUCGUAAGGGAAAAGACAAAUUCAGUGUCAAUCGUUUCUUAUUAUUCAAGGGUUUAUUUCGGAAUUUUGACGAUUCAUUCAUGGAUCUUUUCAAGCCUCAUCUUGAACGUCUUACAGUAGAUUCACAGGAAAGCUCGCAACGAUGUGCUGUAGAAAUCAUUGCUGCUCUUAUUAGAGGAUCCAAACACUGGACGUUCACCAAGACUAAAGCCAUGUGGGACUUCCUGAUACCGUUAUUGAGAAAAGCGAUUCCCUCAAUAACCGUYGAGACUUUAGAAGACUGGGGAACUUGUAUGGCAACUGCAGUGGAAAGUAGAGAUCCACGUCGUAUUCACUGGUUGUUAGAUGCCUUGCUGGACGWGCCUCUCUCCGGUGAAAGUGGAUCAUUUUCUGAUGCAAGCCGUCUUUAUCUUAUUCAAGGAGCUCUUUGUCAGCAAGAAUGGCGAGUAGCUGAACUUCUGCACAAGUUGUUGUCUAUAAUACUCUUUCGUCUAGGACAUUCGUACAAGAACGUGCGUGAUCGUUCAGGAAGUGUGCUUUGUAGCAUCUUUAUGUAUGACAUUCAUUUACCGAAUUCACUCCCAACACGAUCACCCAAACGGCAAGACUUUGUAAGCAGUAUCGUUCCUCGCCUUGAGUGUCUUAUGAAACUCACUACAAUUGACGAUAAAACCAAUCCUACAACUGGAGUUGACAUGGCUAAAGUUAAGGAAGGUUCAGUUGAAAGCGAGGCUGUUAGACUUCUUAAAACAAUUACGAACUGGCUUCUAACCCAUGCCGUACGAGCGCUUAACAGUUGUUCCGAGGAAUUCUUUAACUUGCUUCCUUGUGUUAUUCUGUUUGAUUCUCAAGAAGAAGAUCCGGAACUUCAGCAUCAUUGUCGUAAUACUGUCAGUUAUAUGGCUCAAGUUGAACUUCCAAAGGAUUUGCUUCCUGUCGCACUUGACUCUGUGAAAAAGAUUGCAAGUCAAAAUCUUUGGUAUGCAAGGAAGAGCAUCUUAUCGUAUCUCCAGUUAAUGGUGUUUGCCAAUCAAUUCUACAUCACUCAAAAUCCUGCCUUCAUUCAAGAAAUMCAGGAUCUUCUGUUUGGGUUAUUACUUGACGAAAGGCUUGAGGUCCGCGAGAUGGCUGCUGAUACAUUCAGCGGACUGCUUCAUUACGGAAUAUUCGAACUCGGUCAAGUSCUGCAGGAUAAGUUCAAAAAGAUGGCGAGGACGAAGCUGACCAAGAAACGGAAAGCUGACGCAUCGAACGACGUUGUAAAUGGAGAUGAAAGUGCUCGUCUUCUCAAGCGUCAUGCUGGUGUACUUGGAUUAGCUAGYUGUGUCAAAGCUUUUCCUUAUGAUGUUCCGUAUUGGCUACCUGAAAUGAUUAUCGAACUUGGUGACCAUCUUCAUGACCCCAUACCUAUUGAUACGACAGUCAAGAACGCUUUGUCAAGUUUUCGACGAACUCACCAUGACAACUGGCAAGAACAUAAACAGAUGUUUACCGACGAUCAGUUAGUUAUCCUUACAGACCUGCUAGUGUCACCGUGCUACUAUGCAUAGGGAACCGUCAAAGGUAAUACUAAUAGAAUGAUCUGGUACUCUAACCAUCCCUAUAACAUGUCCUAAAAGACAAAGGCGAAUGGACGAUGAAAAACCUUCAUCUAUCACGUGAAAUUCUGGACUAAACRGGCAUAUAGAGAAACUGAGCGUUAAAUAACGUUUACGAUCCCCGUGGCGCUGACAAGAACCUGACUCUCACAAUAAUAAUUGAUUGAUAUAAAAUGCAACAAACAUCCUUUAGUAUAGUGCUUAACCUCAAAAGCUGGAGAAAUAUAAGCGAGUGAYUCGUGAUUCUUCAUGGUUUGUAAGUGGAUUUUUGGAUUGCUAGUCAGUCUAAUAGCCGCCAUUGUUUUUUUACGUUAUCACAUUUCUUUCUAAGAAUGUUUUUAAUUUAGAGUGGAUUUCAAGUUAGAUUUUAAACAGUUAUUUUGUGUUGUCGUAUAUAAUUUUAUGAAUGUUUCAUAAUUUGGAAAGUUAUUUUGAAAUGUUAAAUGAUUGAAUAAAUCAAUUGAAAUAAUUCAAGUAGUUCAUUUAUCUGUGUAUAAUCAGGAACUAUCAAAACAUUCACUAUUAAACCAGUUGUAACC